UUACAGAAGGUAAAGACUGCCUCUUUAAAAUGUCUGGGCCAAGGCUGCAGGUGGAUUAACUAAACAAGAGGCACUUAGUACCAAACACAAUGGCCUAUUCUCGCUCACUGUAAUCCUUGUUGGUAUUGCAAGCGCUUUCAUAUGACUGCAGAGAAAAAGCCAUAACAAGCACCUCUCUCAAGACAGCUUUCAGCCGUUCAUAAAACACCCAAAUGUCAACCUCCCCACCAACCUCUUGUGAUUGGAUGCUCCUGGUUGAACAGAAGAAUAUAAAUGUUCGAGUCACAACGAUGGACGCAGAGCUGGAGUUUGCCAUUCUGCCCAGCACAAGUGGCAAACAGCUUUUUGACCAAGUGGUGAAGACAAUCGGGCUAAGAGAAACCUGGUUCUUUGGCCUUCAGUAUCAUGACAGCAAAGGCUUCUCCACCUGGCUUAAGAUGAACAAGAGGGUGACGGCUCAGGAUGUAAAGAAGAAUAACCCUUUGUUCAUCAAGUUCAGGGCCAAGUUUUACCCUGAAGACGUGGCUGAUGAGCUGAUCCAAGAGGCCACGCAACGCCUCUUUUUUCUUCAGGUAAAGGAGAGCAUCCUGAACGACGACAUAUACUGUCCACCCGAGACCGCGGUGCUCCUGGCCUCUUACGCCGUUCAGGUCAAACACGGAGAUUACAAGAAAGAUUAUCACGUCCCGGGAUACCUCACCAAGGAGAAGCUGCUUCCUCAGAGGGUUUUGGAGCAGCACAAGCUGAAUAAGAAUCAGUGGGAGGAAAGAAUCCAGGUGUGGCAUGAAGAGCACAAGGGAAUGCCAAGAGAGGACGCAAUGUUGGAGUAUCUGAAGAUCGCCCAGGACCUGGAGAUGUACGGGGUCAACUACUUCAACAUUAAGAACAAGAAAGGCUCAGAGCUGUGGCUGGGAGUGGAUGCUCUGGGACUGAACAUCUACGACAAAAAGGACAAGAUGACUCCAAAGAUUGGCUUCCCCUGGAGCGAGAUCAGAAACAUCUCRUUCAAUGACAAGAAAUUUGCCAUUAAGCCAAUUGACAAGAAAUCCCCGGACUUUGUUUUCUACGUUCCUCGCCUGCGCAUCAACAAACGCAUCCUGGCGUUGUGCAUGGGCAACCAUGACCUGUACAUGCGCCGACGCAAACCGGACACUAUCGAGGUGCAGCAGAUGAAGGCCCAGGCCAGAGAGGAGAGGAACAAGAGGAAAAUGGAGAGGGCUCUGCUCGAGAGUGAGAAAAAAAAGCGAGAAAAUGCUGAGAAGGAAACGGAGAAGAUUGCUCGGGAGACCAUGGAGCUGAUGGAAAGAUUGAGACAGAUUGAAGAGCAGACAAAGAGAGCUCAAGAUGAGCUGGAGGAGCAGACUCGGAGGGUGCUCGAGUUGGAGAAAGAAAGAACAACGGCUCAGGAGGAGGCAGAGCGUCUGGACAAGGACCACAAAGCUGCAGUGGAGGCUAAAGCGGCUCUGCUACAUGAUUCUGAAACCCAGAUCAGCAGCCAGGAAAACCUGGCCACUGAGCUGGCAGAGCUUACCUCUAAGAUCUCCCAGCUGGAAGAUGCCAAGAAGAAAAAGGACGAGGAGGCGAAGCGAUGGCAGAAAAGGGCGGUGGUGGUCGAAGCCGAUUUGGAGCGGACCAAAGAUGAGCUGAAGACUAAACUGAUGGGUGUCCAAAUCCAGAACUCAGUCCACCCACAAAUUCUUGAGCACGACGAGACAGACGAGAGCAGCGCAGAGGCGAGUGCCGAGCUGACUUCCCCGUGCACGGUCCAAGACCGCAGCGAGGAGGAGAGGGUAACUGAGACGCAGAAGAACCAGAGGCUGCAGAAAAACCUCAAGUUCCUGAGCGCCGAGCUGGCCAGAGCCGUGGAUGAGAGCAAGAAGACCCCCAAUGACCUGAUCCACGCUGAGAACGUGAGGGCAGGUCGUGAUAAAUACAAGACCCUGCGUCUGAUCCGGCAGGGCAACACCAAGCAACGCAUUGAUGAGUUUGAGUCCAUGUGAGACGCCUUUUUUUCUGAUUGCCCACUCAGGCUGAAAGCAGUAUGAUGAGAGAUUUGAUUUUUGUCAGAAAAGUAGCUGCUGAUUUUUUUUUCUCAAAAUGUGACAGCAAAUUAUUUACAAUGCUGUGCUUUGUUGCCUCUAAUCUUCCAUAAUGUUUCCUUUGAGAGGAUUUCACUUGGAGAAUUGCAGUUGUUCUUAAAAGUAGGUCACUUUUUUUAAUACGACAGGAGCAAAAAAAUAAAAAAUAAUUAAAUAAAAAAAGAACAUCCUCUGUCUGGUCCAGAGUUGUAAAYUUAUAUCUUUGCUCUGAUUUCUGUUGUUCUUCACAGUGUGAUUACACACAACUCCAGUUUUGGUUUGUUUUUACAAACAAUGUUAACUGAUUGAUGAUGUUUGAGGGGAUUGCUGUUAUUCCAAGAAUGCAGAAAUCCUUAUUUGUUCAUCUUAGAAAUAAAAAAAACAACAAAGAAGAACAA